ACAAUAUAACAAAAUCCAUCACCAAAACAAAUAAUUAAAAAGUGUAUCAAAUUAAAAAAAAAAUCGUGAUUGAGAUCCAAGAUUAUAGUAGAAUAUGGCAGCAAUGAACUCAAGUGUAUUGGCAUGUAGCUAUGCUGUGUCUGGCAUGGGUUCAUCUGAACUCACAUCAAAAUAUGCCGUUUCUAUGGCUUCCCCAUCACUUCAGAAAUUGCCAGUCAUCAUUAAGGCUCAACAACAAUCCUCUAACCAGGACAAUGACCAAAUAGCAGCCGGAAGAAGAGUGGCUCUCCUUGGCCUUGCUGCUGCCCUUUUCACCACUGCUUCCUCUGCCAAUGCUGGCGUCAUCGACGACUAUCUUGAGAAAAGCAAAGCCAACAAGGAAUUGAAUGACAAGAAGAGGUUGGCGACAAGUGGUGCAAACUUUGCAAGGGCAUACACUGUUCAGUUUGGAACUUGCAAGUUCCCCGAGAACUUCACCGGAUGCCAAGACCUAGCCAAGCAAAAGAAAGUGCCAUUUAUAAGUGACGACUUGGCAUUGGAGUGCGAAGGCAAGGACAAAUACAAGUGUGGUUCUAAUGUGUUCUGGAAAUGGUGAAGCUUUGCUAGAAGACUUUUGUAUUCUUAAGCAUACUCCUCCUUUCUGAAAAUGUAUCUAUUAUUUGUGACACUGAGAAUGAAGUAAUUACCAUCCAUUUUCUUUUUAA